GUACUAUUAUUUUGACAAUUAUCCUUAUAUCGUAACAAUGGUCAUCGACUUUACUUUUGUCUUUUGGAUUAGAUAUAUAAAGAUCAAAUUUGGUCAAUUGAAUGCUGUACUUCAAAAUAUGCUGACAACGACUAUCGAUUUUCCACAACAUAAGAGAGUGCUUCGAAUGAAAGAUAACUGGGAAGAUGAUUCUUUGUUAUCUACUAUUUAUCAAAUGUACAAAGGAAAUGAAAACCUUGUGAAAUUAAAAAGAAUCAAGAGAAUCCAUUUGGAAUUGAUGAAGUGUGCCAGAAUUACGAACGAAGCUUAUGAAAUAAGAAUUUUUACAUCAAUAUCUUCAUGCGUCAUUCGUGAUUUUACGUUUCAACUAAUCCAAAAUCGUUUGACAUUUACCGCUUAUGGAUUUUACGAUCUGGAUCAUACAUUUAUAUGCAGUGCGAUCGGCUCGAUUACUACCUAUCUCCUUAUUCUUAUUCAAUUAGAUGAACCUAAAAUAUUUUUUAACGAUACGCAUUAUAAUUCAACAUCAAGAAUAUAA